AUGGCUACGGAAAAGAGAGAUCCGUUGGGCGACGUGCGCGCCAUUGUCGAAGCCGCUGCUGCACGGCGCUCUCGUGCUCGCCGUUUCGGCAUGCUCGGCCUUGGUAUCGCUUUGACCAUGACCUUGUUCUUGGCCGCCAGCUUGAGCCAGUUGUCUUUCGACAAGUUGGUCUCCAGCGUCUGUAUGUCUGGCAAUCACCAGCCCAAUCUCGACGUUACCGGAACGAUGGGCGGUCUGGGCAGGCGUCAAGUCUACGAGGUCACCGACAUCCAAGCGGCUGUGCUGCAGCCUACUGCAACCGGCCUUGCUCUUGGGAACAUGACCAAUGGUGCGAUUGAGACCUCGACGGCUUGGGCUGUUGUUACUGUCACCCAUACCCCUGGCAACCUCAACAUGACGGCGCUCAGUACCACCAAGUCUGUUCUCAGCAACACGACGAUCACGGAAGACGCAGACACUACUAUCAUUGUCACCGCCACCGUGUUCCCCGAGCAGCCCACUGAGCCUGCCUCCUCAUCUGUCUCUGCCACCCACACAGAUGCGGAUGUUACUGUCAUUGUCACGGCUACUGUAUUCCCCGAAGCUUCCUCAAGCACUGUCCAAGCAUCGACAUCGUCCAGUGAUGCCGGUGCGGAUGUCACAGUGACCGUCACAGCGACUGUCAUGCCGGAGCCUCCAGCAGGAACCACGUCUCUUGCACAAUCCAGCACCACGACGUUCUUGCCAUCGUCUCCUUGUUCUGAUGAGAUGGCGACUACAAGCAGCGCAUCAGUACUCACUUCCCAUGCUCCCACGAGCAAGCUUACAUGGAGCCUGAGCUUGAGCGACUGGACAAACACCACUGUGUGCCAUGGUCCCGCCUCGUCCAUGCUGAACGCCGUGUCUAAUCCCGCGACCUCCACUCCCGGAAGCAGCACUGUUCUUCUCAGCUUUGUAUCCAGUGUUGAUCCAAUCACGGCCAGUUCUCCCAAGAGCGAGUCGCCAGACAACUUGACGGUCACGGUCACCCAGCGCCCGGCUACCAGCGCCACACAUGUCACAGUCACCACCACAGGCUCCCCUCUGAGCCCCGGAUCUUCUUCUGCUUCCAUAAAGCCAAGCUCUCUGCCUGCGUCUGUGGCUUCGACAUUCGAGACACUUGCACACACAACCAUCAGCACGACUGAUCACCUCACCAGCACCGUCGCCACUAUCACCCGUACCGCAACCGAGACAGAUACCCUUCUUCCCGGUCAUGCCACUUCUGCGGACGCCUUCAGCGCAGUCACUGUGCCCACCGAUGGCCCUGAGCAGUGCGCCACCGCCGGGGUCUUCACAGAAACCACAGUCGUGACCUCGACUGUCAUUUUUGUGACUGGUCCGACCGCCAUUCCGACUGCGACUGUCACCGUCACCGCGUUCCCCGGUAUCUCAUCUGUCCUGACCCGGCCUACCACAGACUGCACCGACACCGGGCUCGUCACCGUCACUGUUACUGCUGGAACCGUCUCCUCAGCAUACUUCGCCUCUUCCGCCGACGCUAUCCAGACGACAGCCAGCACCGACGGCAUCGCAGUGUCGCAGCCAGCUCCUUCCCCCAACAGCAGCAGCAGCAGCACUACACCCGACUCUGGAUUCUCCACCGGCCUCUGGACACCUCUGCUGCCCUCAGUCUUGACCAGCACCAUCCUGACCACUCCAGUCCCGCUCACACCCACGAGUCUUCCCACCUCGAUGUCCAGCAGCAGCAGCAGCAACAUCAGCAGCAACACGACCGUAUCCAUCCCCCUGGUCCCACUACUACCACCCACGACGACGACGACCGGCAUAGUCGUCAUCAGCGACGCCGGCGCGAGCAGCACCAAGAACCUGCCCCGCGUCACGACGUACUGGGGCGGCAGCAACGGCAUCGGCAGCGCGACCUGCGUCGUGAUGCUCGUCGCCACGGUCAAUCUCUGGUUGUUGUAG